AUGAAGAAAAUAGCUCAAACAAACACCCAUGAUGAUGAUGAUGAUGAUGAUGAUGAUGAUGAUGAUGAUGAUGAUGAUGAUGAUGAUGAUGAUGAUGAUGAUGAUGAUGAUGAUGAUGAUGAUGAUGAUGAUGAUGAUGAUGAUGAUGAUGAUGAUGAUGAUGAUGAUGAUGAUGAUGAUGAUGAUGAUGAUGAUGAUGAUGAUGAUGAUGAUGAUGAUGAUGAUGAUGAUGAUGAUGAUGAUGAUGAUGAUGAUGAUGAUGAUGAUGAUGAUGAUGAUGAUGAUGAUGAUGAUGAUUAUGAUGAUGAUGAUGAUGAUGAUGAUGAUGAUGAUGAUGAUGAUGAUGAUGAUGCACCGAUAGCUGCAGAUGAAAUCCAUAAACUUUUACAUACUGUACAUCUAAAUACAUGUAUAUCAUCAUCAUCAUCAUCCAAAUCAUCAUCAUCACCAUCCUCAUCAUCAUUAUUAUCUGGAACAGCAGCAGUGAUAAUAACAUUAAAAAUCAUAAAAACAGUAAAAGUAUCAUUAUUAUUAAAAUUUCUCAUAAAUAACAGAAAAGAACAGAUAAACUGA